CCCAAUGGAAUGAAUGGGCUAUAAAUAACGGCCAAUGGGAGUGCGGGCUUGCACUCUAUAUAAAAGACGCACGGCGGGGCAGCUGGAGCUUCACUCCCUUUCGGGCGGUGUAGUACGCCGAGCGCCGCGGAGGUUCUUGCUGUAGCUGCGAAGCCCGCGUGACUGCGGUAGGGUCAGCCAUGCCCUUCUCAAACAGCCACAACCUCCUGAAGAUGAAGUACAAGCCUGAGGAGGAGUACCCUGACCUGAAAGCUCACAACAAUCACAUGGCUAAGGUGCUGACCCCGGACCUGUACAAGAAAUUGAGGGAUAAACAGACUCCCAGUGGAUUUACCCUGGAUGAUUGUAUCCAGACUGGGGUUGACAACCCAGGCCAUCCCUUCAUAAUGACAGUAGGAUGUGUGGCUGGUGAUGAAGAAUCCUAUGAAGUGUUCAAGGAGCUCUUUGAUCCAGUUAUUGAAGACAGGCAUGGUGGCUACAAACCAAGUGAUCAGCACAAGACUGACCUGAAUGCUGAUAACCUGCAGGGAGGUGAUGACCUGGAUGCCAAUUACGUGCUCAGUUCCCGUGUCAGAACUGGCAGGAGCAUCCGUGGGUUCUGCCUUCCCCCGCACUGCAGUCGAGGAGAGAGGCGGGCGAUCGAGAAGCUCUCUGUUGAAGCUCUGGGUAGUCUGGACGGUGAUCUCAAGGGGAAGUACUAUGCUCUGAGGAACAUGACUGAUGCAGAGCAGCAGCAGCUGAUUGAUGACCACUUCUUGUUUGACAAGCCAGUUUCUCCUCUUCUGUUGGCAUCUGGGAUGGCACGAGACUGGCCUGAUGCCAGGGGUAUCUGGCACAAUGAUAACAAGACUUUCCUUGUUUGGAUCAAUGAGGAGGAUCACCUUAGAGUUAUUUCCAUGCAGAAAGGUGGCAACAUGAAGGAAGUAUUCAGCCGCUUCUGUACUGGACUAACAAAGAUAGAAAGUCUCUUCAAGGCCAAAAACUAUGAGUUCAUGUGGAAUCCACACUUGGGCUACAUCCUGACCUGCCCAUCCAACCUUGGAACAGGGCUCCGUGCUGGUGUGCACAUCAAGCUCCCACACCUUGGGAAACAUGAGAAAUUUGGGGAAGUCCUCAAGAGACUUCGGCUGCAGAAACGAGGCACAGGUGGUGUGGACACAGCUGCUGUUGGAGGAGUGUUUGAUGUCUCCAAUGCUGAUCGUCUCGGCUUCUCUGAGGUGGAGCUGGUGCAGAUGGUGGUCGAUGGAGUGAAGCUUCUCAUUGAAAUGGAGAAACGCCUUGAAAAAGGCCAGUCCAUUGAUGACCUCAUGCCAGCUCAGAAAUAAAGCACUUUAUUCUCAUGCUUCCUAACUUAUUGGAUGAAUAAUAAAAUGUCACUCCAAUUCAAACCCUUGGGGUCAGAGCCCACUUAGUUACACUGUAGAGAAGUCUUCCAUCCAUCUGUGUUAGAGUUUAUUUUUUUGAUGGUUGAGAUGUUGCUGAAAAUGAAAUAAACUGUUGUUUGGCCUGAGA